CCCUGCGACGCUGCAAGACACAAAAACUCCAGUGCGGUCCUCAGAGCUUGUCCUCUCCUCGAGAAGUUCACAAAAUCACAAUCGUAGCAGCACGAGCUGCCCUCACCUCGAUGUCGAAACGAACCUAGAGAUGAAAGUGCAGACGAAAAGGUACUGCAAGGACGGGAUUCUGUACCAGUGGAUUCAGGCGAAGAGCCCUAAUGGAGAUCUUCAGGAAGAGGAGCACAUAACAAAGCCAAAACCAGAAGAACGGAACAUCAAUCCAAAUGAUUCUUUAUUUCGUCCCACUGCGAAGGAACAGGAGCCUCCUGCUUCUUGUAGGACGACGAUGAAGCAGCGACUAGUUGUGGUACACACGACCACCUCUUCAUCCACGCUAAAGAACGGAAACAGCAGCAGCAAGUCAAAACACAUCCAGACGAAGAAGAAACGUGACGUCCGCCGGCAUACCACCGUGGAUGAACUCAACGGAGAGGAGCGACAUACCGCUUUUUCCCCCAAGAACCGCAGUAUCGACCGGAAAAUGAGUUGGUUUAAGGUUCCGAGUGGUUCGGCACCGACGUCUGGUUUCCUGCCGCCAGGAAGAGAGCAAGAAUCUUCGACGGCCCAACGACCUCCACAGCGAGGGCAUUCCCCCGUCCCUGGUCGGGACAUGCGGUCGAGUAGCAGCAAAACCGCCCCGCGAGCAGAAGAAGUAGUAACUUCCGAUGUUUCUUUCGGUCGUACUCGUAACGCUUGUACUUCUGCGGCAGCACAGCCGUGUAGUACUACAGCAAGUGUUCCCCGAGUGACAGCUGCGGAACGUGACCGAGCAUCUGAUUCGUCCUGGCUACAGACUGCCAUAAAAGCCAGCGUCAGAAAAUUCUGCGCGGCUGCGCGGGCACUCUCAGAACAAGCUUCAGACCGGUCUUCAGCUGAUAGUGCUGCGCCCCCGCAAGAAGGUUUAGCUACCGGAGUCCGGGAACGGAAAAUUAGUGGCGUUGAGACGUAUCGGGAGCAGCAGGAAUCAUCUUCUUCGCAGCUAGUACGGAAGGAUGUUGAGAAUCAUGUUGAAAACCAGACUGAUGUUUUUUCGAAAGACGACGAGGAUGUGGAAAUGAUGGACGUCGAAAUGUUGGACGCUGCUCCUUCUGCUAGGAGCGUGGAUGUUCGUCCAACUUUUGGAGGAGCACCUGGGUCGACGAGCAGUAGUACCGCCGGAGGACCAGCAGGAGAGCCUGCUUCCAGUAGUAGCGCAUCAAGUUCAACAAGUUCCUGUCCGCAGCAGGCGCCAGAGCUGCCAAGUUGUUGCGCCGGCCCCGACACUCCUGCGCAAUUCACUACAAUAAGCAUGAAAACCACGACGACGAAGAAGAAGUUUGCUCCGCGGUCCAAAAACAAGCACUUCCGGGAGGAGCAAGAGCGGCAAUUGCAAGAAGAACAGGAGAAGCAGGCGCGGGAACAAGAGCUGCAGCGUUUGAAGGAUCUAAAGGAACAAGAGGAGAAAAAACGGCAGGAGCGGAAACAAAAGCGGCGGGAAUUGAAGCGACAGAGAAGGGAAGAAGAAAAACGCAAGAUGCAAGAGAGAUUACUGGUGGAGCAGCAGCAGCGGGAGCUCCAGGAAGCGUUGUUGCGAGACGCGGAAAUGCAGCAGCGGCAGAGGGAGGAACAGGAGCGACUAGAAGCGGAGAAGCAGCAGCAGCUUCUAUUGCAGAAACAACAUGAUGAACUACAACUCAGCAAGAAAAUGAAAGAGAAACAACGGAAACAACCACUUCUCUGUCGUACAGGUCCGACCUACGUCGAACUAGUGGAAAUUCUCGAUCCGGCUUCUUACGAAAAACUCGGUCUGCAAUUCGGCAUCGAUCUGGAAUUCGCGUACGUCCACAAGAAGGGCGGACACCGCUGGCGGUUAGAUAUUGAGCGGACUGAAAAGGAGGAACGGGAGUAUGCGAUGGAGGUUGCUAGACAGCAGGCGCGGGGGGAGGAAGUCGCUGCGAUGGCGAGUGAGUCUGAGGCGGAAACAGGACGAGGAGGAGAACAAACUGGUGGGUCGUCCUGUGUCGGCAGGAGCUCUUCUUUAUCUUCUUGCGGCCGAGGUGGAAGAGAGAAUCGUGGGCAAGACGAAUUACAGCAAGGAAACACGGCGACAAACCCGGGCAGUGGUGUACUACCAGAGCAGCAGAACCCCCAGGAACUAACGGAUGGUCACGAACAUCACCAGCUGCAGACAGAACAGCCUCACGAAAAUAGCCUCCAGAACGUCAACCCGAAAAGUCUUCCUCCAAUCCGCCCAAGAGAUGAAGAACCUCCCCUCCGACGGCGCAGUAAAAACGUAAAAAGCGACCCAAAGCGCCGUCCGAUCUCCCCGCCGGGAAACUGCAACAACCAAGCAAAAAACCUAAAAUUACAGGGCCUCGACCCGCCUCCGUUUUUUCCAUCCGACUCCAAACCGAUUAACAGACGGAAGUUCACGCUUCCCUACGACUACGAUUCGCACAAGCCGAGGGUAUUUCUUGAAAGACACAUAGUUCCGUUUCACAUGCCGGUGCAUUGGAAUGAGGAUUUAGAGGAUUACUACGAGACCUUCACCGGGAAACCCGUCGUCCCCUGUUACGAGAAAUUUUGCGACGCGGCGGCGAACUUGGGGAUAAAAGUGAAUCAGUUGUUGAAGCACCGCGCAAAGGAAAUCGGGAGAUGUUGCAAACUGUUCAACCUACUAGACCACGAGGAUUUCCGGUACAGAUGGGAACUGAUGAGCGAUUGGGAGAGGGAACAGUUUAAGGCGAAACGGUUUGAUAUGCACUGCAAAAAUAUCGUACUAAGUAAGUACAAGUAGUAUAAAUCGCAUGACAAAUUUCCUCAGCAUAAGAAAUGAAAUUUGUGAUGCGGAUUUGACUUGACGAAAACAUUUGUAAUGCAUAAAUGCGAUCAGUACGAGUAUGAUUAUACUUUUGCAAUCCAUAUUUGACUUUCUGAAAAAGUACAAGCCGAUUCGCUUGAAGAAAGUGAGGUUGGCGAAAGCGUUUGCGCAGGAAGAGCGGACGGGACCGCCAUCAUUAGCGAAGCCGAAGAGUGGGAACACCAAGGACGAAGGAGGUGCGAAUGUGGAAGUUGACGAUAAGGAUAAGGGUGAACCUAACGACCACAUUAAGGCGAUCGUCGAUGCGAACAUCACUAGCACGACUGCCGCUCCUGUGGCGGGUGAAGGUGGAAAGGUGGAAUUAGGUGCGGAUCCCGCUGCGCUGAAUGAUCAACAGGAGAACGAUUUUGAGGAGAGAAGUGAAGGACAACAGCGAAUAAAGAAGCCGGUGAAGCGCGAAGUAAGUCAACGCAGUACAACUAAAGCGGCUGCCAAGAGUGUCGCACGCGGACGUGGCCGUCCGAAAAACGACGCGAGUAAUGCGUCGGGUCCGGGUACUAGAAAAGCGACGAACAAGAAGUAA